AUGUAUACUUGUAGAGAAUUGUACAUCCCUCAUGAAUUCGACCAGUCUGCUUACAGAGACGCUUCCGUUGACGAUAGUUUUGAAGAUCAUUAUCAAUGGGAGGUAGGCUUCAUAAUAAAAGGAAAAUAUAUAAUCAAUAGGUACUUAGGCGAAGGGAGCUUUGGCAGGGUUUUGGAAGUGAGGGAUUUAUGCGACAAAAAAAUAAAAGCAAUGAAAAUAAUUAAGCAGGUCCCGGAAUAUGUAAAUGAAGCUAAAACUGAAGUAGAAACCUUAAAAAUGCUAAAUUCUCUUGACAUUGACCACAACUCUCAUAUUGUUGAAAUACUGGAUGCUUUCCCUUUUGAAAACCAUUAUUGUAUCGUUUUUGAAAAAUUGGGGAGGAGCUUGUUUUCACUAAUAGAGAGAAACAGUUUCAGAGGAUUCACAGUCAAUGAAAUCAAAGAUUUUAGCAGGCAAAUUCUAGAAUCUUUAAAUUUCAUGCACAAACACCAACUGACUCAUACUGACCUAAAGCCAGAAAACAUAUUACUUGUUAAUGAUCAAUAUAAAUAUUGCCCUCAAAGAGUAAAAUUUAUUUAGUCCUCCCUCCUUAAAUUAAAUAUAUUAAAAUGGCGGCAAGUUUCAACCUGCCCUCUUGGUGCAGCAGUCCAGACCUUAUGGCUACGGCGUACUGGAACAGACUCCGAGCUGAGAAUCAAGUGCAGGCUCAAGAGGUGUGUAUCCAGAUAGGUUUUGGCUGCUUUUCUGUGGGUUGAAAUAGAGGUGCUCAACAACGUCCUUUGGAUCCGAGGACCCAUGGCAUUCCUCUACCGAGAAACUGGGGUUUCGGCCCAGGCCAUAGGGGAACAGUUUUUUUUCCUGUAGCUGUCAAAGAAAGACACUUCGAUAUCCGAUAGACUCCAAGGAGUUGAUCCUUGGAAUCAAGCUACUCCAUUCUUCCGUAGCAGGGCCACAGAAAUCCAUAAGCAUCAAGACUGGAGCCUCAAGGCAAGGAGGAGACAGAAGGUACUUAAAGGGCACUCACAAGAGGGAUAGACCCUCUGGGCUGGAGUCGAAAAGCAGUAGAACCUCCCGUACGGGAGGUCUUUAGUGACUGCAUCACCAAUAUGGCAAGCGCCUGGCUUUAAUAAUCCUAAUCCUAAUCCCUCCUUUAAAUUAGAAUAAAAUCCCAUUCCAAUUUAAAGGAGAGUUAAUUUUAAUCUAAAAAAAUUUAUAUUAAAAUUUUUUCUAUAAGGAUCCCCCCCUCUCAUUUGUCGAAUUUUCUAGUCUUUUUUUUAUAAGAAUUUUUUUUUUCAGGGACCUCAUUUGUCCCAAAAUCUAGUCAAAAAUGAUUUGUCCAAUUUUCUAGUCUUUUUUGGAUUUUUUCGAAUGCCCUAAAUUCUAGUUUUUUACUUUAAAAAUACUAGAAAAUGAGACAAUUGAGGUCCUGAAAAUUUUUUUUUCUUUAUCAAAAUUUUGACAAGAAAAUUGGACAAAUGAGGUCCAAAAAAAAUUUUUUUUUUCCUAUAAAAAAAACUAGAAAAAUGGACAAAUGAUAAAAGACUAGAAAAUAGGACAAAUGAGGGGGGGAUCCUUAUAUAAUUUAUAAAAAUUGUAAAAAAAAAUAAAUAAAUUGAAUGCAAUAUUUAAUUUAAUUCAUUUUAUUAAUAAUUAAUUCUAAAGUUUAAUCGAUUCUGUGUAUAAAUAAUAUUCUAAUUGCACUCAGUCCAUUAAAUUAGGUCAAAACUAAUUUUAUAAAAAAUAGUAUGUUCACCUAUUUUUAUAUUAAAAACAUUUGUUUCAUAUUAAGACUAAAGUGCCUAAAUAAUGGAAAUUUAAACUAUAUUUUGUCUUAAUAAAGAGUGGAGUUAGAAAACUGUAUAGACCUGCAAGCACAGAUGUAAAAAUCAUAGAUUUUGGAGGGUUCUCCAGAAAAGCAACCUUCACCUCCAUGAGCGAACAAAAAAUUGAAAAAUCCCGUUUUGGGUAAAAAACUCAACCUCCAUGAGCGAACAAAAAUUUUUUUUAACCCCAUCCUUGAUCGAACGACUCGCCAUCCUUCGAUCAAGGAUGGGGGUUAAAAAAAAUUAUAUAUAAAAUAAAAAAUAUAUAUAUUUUUUUUUAUUUACUUUUAAAUAAGAGGGUUAAGAGCAUUUAAUAAUUAUUUUUACAGCAAAAAAUUGAAUUAAUUUCAUAAAAUACCAAUUUUUAAUAUUUUGAUUUAUUAGUUACCCUUUUAAACUGUAUAAAUUUUAUUUUGUUCCUUAUUGAAUUAAAAUUCUUUUUUUUUAAAUUUUAAAGAAUCUCUUUUUUUUUUAGAUUAUUGAGUUUUUAAGCCUAGGUUGAUGGCUAAAUCACUUCGAAUGGUUGCUUCCGCAGCUUUCUGUCGUCUCAAAGCUCUGAAAACAACUUCAUUAGGUACAUCUUCCCAAGCUUUUGAUAGAUAAUAUAUUUUAUAUAUAUAUAAAAAUUUGCAUGAUAUGAAAAUCGUUCGAUCAAGGAUGGGGGUUAAUUUCUCCAAUUUUUAGGAAUUUUUACAGUCAAUCGUUCGAUCAAGGAUGGGUGGGAGUUAGGAAAAAUAAAUUUGAUAUAUAUAUACAUUUAAGGUAUAGGUUUUUUUUUCCUGGAAAAUUCAAGGAAGAACGUGCUCUUGAGUUUUUUCUGUAUGGCUUGUAAAAUAACAAAAUUUGGGUUUUUUUCUGUAAAAUAAAGAAUUUUAAUUUACCGUCAUUUUGAUUGGAAAAAUGGCACCAAGAAAAAACAUUUGAGGUUUUUUUUUUUCGGGCAAUCCGAUUUUGGAGGCGCAACAUUCGUUAACGACCAUCAUUCAACAACUAUAAGCACAAGACAUUACCGCGCACCGGAAGUGAUUCUUCAAUCAGGCUGGAGCAUGAGCUCAGAUAUGUGGUCUCUUGGAUGCAUUUUAAUUGAGCUUUACACAGGAAAAAUGCUUUUUCCAUUACUAGAUGAUUAUGCACAUUUAGCUUUGAUGGAAAAAUUAUUUGGCAGAUUUCCCACGAAAAUGAUAAAAGCGAGUGGAAAAAAGCUUAAAGUGUAUUUUAAUAAAAGAAAUCAGCUGAAUUGGCCAGAGCUAUGCGGCAAUAGCUCAGAUUUUGAGACUGUUGAAAAUGCUGCUUCGAUUGAGGAAUUAAUUCCUGAUAUUGAUUUCAGGAAUUUCGUAACAGAUAUUUUGAGAUUUAACCCAGAAUGAAGACCAACUCCAUCUGAGGCUCUGAUGCAUAGAUUUUUGGCAAACGACUUAUAA